AUGCCUAAAGUUAAAUCUAGUAAAAGAGGAGGUAAAGCUCCUGAAGGAUAUGACAAGAUAGAGCCAACCUUGACCAAACUACUCACCAGAUUGAAAGAUACGCAACUGUUAAGUGAUGAUAAAGUACAAUUAUGGAAGAUAAUACAAUUAAAUCAUCAAAUAUCAAGAUACAUAUAUUCCAUGUAUUAUGAAAGGAAACUAAUAACCAAAGAACUUUAUGAGUGGCUCCUCAAACAAAAAUACUGUAACAAAGAAUUGAUAGCUAAAUGGAAGAAACAAGGGUAUGAGAAGUUGUGUUGUUUGAAUUGUAUAGUCAAACAGAACAAUAAUUUCAAUACAGCUUGUAUAUGUAGAGUUUCCAAAGAUGUAUUAGAAGCCAAAGGAGAUAACAAAGAAGUUGAGUGUGUUACUUGUGGAUGUAAAGGAUGUUCCAGUAAAGAUUAA